AUGUUCUACUCUAGUAUCACGUUUUACAGACUAGGAAAUUCCCAGGUGGAGGAGCUCCAUGGGUCGCCAGCGCGGCUGUUUCGGCCAGCGCGGCUGUGCCGGCCGGAGCCGCUGCUUUGCCCCCUGCGGCUGCUUUGCCGGUGCCCCAGAGCAGCGGUUCUCCCUACAAAAUACACUGGUCCGGGUGCCCCUUUGGCUAGCAAUUGGAGCCACGGGAAGUCGCCCAUACAUCGGUUUAAAAAGGGGACUGGGCAGGGAACCAGGACAAUUCUUCAGAAACUUAUACCAUCUGUGAAGGAAGUGGCUCUCAUUCCCGCUUGCAAAAUAGACAUUCUCAAAUUCCGAAAUGCCAGCAAAGACCCCAAUCCACGACUGCUCUGCGUCUGGCAGCGCAAAUGUUGCUCAGCUGGGCGUACGACAGUGCGGACCAGCUUCUGGCAGCACUACCAUCUCCGCAUGCACCAUUUCAACUGUACAUAUAGCCUACUCAGCUUACGACCAAAUCGUGUUACGACCGGUCUGCUGGGCCCAAUAGUGGUCGUAAGUCGAGUACUAGCUGUAUCCCCGGCUUGGAGAUUUCGCCACACCAUCCACAUCAGCAAAGAGGGCCAGAACGACAUCUUUAGAAAUAUUUCCUUUCUCUGCUCAGAUGUGCUUUACGUAGUAGGAAAAAAAAAGAAAAAGAAAAAAAGAAAUAUUUCCUUUCUUCAAGAGAACUAUGUACUUUUACCUGGAAACCAGGAGGAAGCACACCUGGGCCAGUUCCCUGGGCAUAACGAGUUCUUCUGGGCCAACAGCACCUCUAACUCUGUGUUUAAAGAAACACCCUUCGCAGUGCUCAAAAAUGCCAUCUCUCUCCCGACAAUUGGAGGGUCCCAAGCUCUCAUGUUGCCCUUAUUGUCACCGGUGACAUUUAAUUCCAAACAGGGGUCCUGUGGGCCAGCAAAGCUGCCCAGGCUUAGCUGCGAACCCGUCAUGGAGGGAAAAGCUCCUGAGAAAAGCAGUCUGUUGAACAAGACAGUCCUCCAGGGAGACACCUCAUGGGGCUCCAGCGGUUCUGCAUCUCAGCCCAGCCAGGGCAGGGACAGCCACUCCUCCAGCCUGUCGGAAGAGUACCCCGACUGGACAGCCGAGGAGUUUGACAACCCCACCCCACGCGAACUUAUCAAAGGAAAGACUAAGUCAGAGGAGUCCCUCUCUGACCUCACAGGCUCUCUUCUCUCCCUGCAGCUGGAUCCUGGGCCCUCACUUUUGGAUGAGCUGCUGAAUGUCAUGGAUAAAAAUAAGUAACACGAUGCCAACUUUUUCCUUUGGAGAAAAACGCACAAAAACAAACUAACCGCAGUUAAAGAGAAAGGCUUCUGGAGCUGUAUUUGCAGUUUUGUGAUGGGUUUUCUAAAACAAUAUUCUUACAAAGUACUUUUUUUUUUUUUUUUUAACCUGUUAUGCCCUGUUUGCAAAAACAAUUUGGAAAAAACAACAAAGCAAAACCUGCCUUGGCAAAAAGAGGAAAUGAGUCAGUCAGAGCCCAUUUUCAGCAGGUAUUGGUGAUGUUUGGCUCACAUAUUGUUUGUAGACACACAAGAAAUCUGGCUUGGCCAGGAUUGACACUAGCUAUGCAGGGCUGGGUGAGUCACAUUAAGAAACUUUACUGAACUUUACAGCACUACAACGUUUUCUGAGCAAGAGGAAGUCAAAAUCUAUUUAACACCUAAACCUUUUUUCUAGACUCUUUUCUAUAUAUUGCUUGGGCUCACCAUAGCAAAUUCUCCAGUGUUAAAACUUUUCUGUUUUCACAUCUGAACUUUAUGGGUUUUGGAGAUUUUCUUGUCGUUCUUAUAUAUCCCUACAUAUUGUAUCUAUAUUGCAAAAUUCUGACCGUUAGCUACAUGUUGGUAAGACACAGGGCAAAGUAUUACUGUAACUAAGUUAUUUUUAAAGUUAAAAUAUAUUUUAUGUGCCUUUGGAAAAAAAAUAAUAAUUUCAGGAUACAAAAUAAAUGUACAAAAAUUAGUAGCAUCCCUGUAAAUCAACAACAUCUAAGCCACAUAUGAAUCAUAAACACAAUCCCAUGCAGAAUUGCUGCUAAAAGACAAACUAUUUAGGAAGACAGUUAACCAGGAAGGUGAAAGAUCUCGAUAAGAAUUACAAAACAAUGCUUAAAGAAGUCAGAAAUGGCACAAAAGGAAAAAAAAACUUAAUGCUCAUAAACAGAAAAGAUCAAGAUCCUAACAAUCAUACUGCCCCUAAAAAUUUAGAUUUAAUGCUAUUCUAAUUAAAUGACCAAAAUAUUUUAAAAGAACUAAAAAAUAAACUAUUGUAAAAUUUAUACAAAAUGAAAGAGACUGAAUAGCCAAGGUAAUCAUAAGCAAAAACAACAAAGCUGAAGGCAUUACACUACCUGACUUCAAAUUACACUACAGCGCCACAGUAAACAAAGCAACAUGGAACUAGCACAAACUCAUAGACUAGCGCAACAGAAUAGGGAGCCCAGAAGUAAUGGCACAGACCUACAACCAUCUGAUCUUCAACAAAGGUGACAAUAGAAAUGUGGCAGGAAUUCCCUAUUUAAUAAAUGGUGGUGGAAUGACGAGCUAGCUCUAUGUAGAAGACUGAAACUUUAUUACACUAUAUACAAAAAUCAACUCUUAAUUAUGAACUGAAAUGUUUAUUUUAGAAUUACAAAAAAAAACUUGGGAAGAUAACCUAAGAACUAUCAUUCUAGACAUAGAAACUAGCAGAGAUUUCAUGAUGAUGAUAUCAAAAGCAAUUGCAACAAAAGCAAAAAUUGACAAAUUGGACCUAAUUAAACUAAAGAGCUUCUUUACAGCAAAGGAAA